AUGACUCACAUCAUCAUGUGGAAUUGUAGGGGUGCCCGCAAGAAGAAUACAUGCAACUUCCUACGGCAUCUCGUUGCUUGCAACGAGGUUGGUUUGGUGGGGUUAGUUGAAACCAAGGUUGAGAACAUAAGUAGGCUGGAGGUGGAUCGCCUUGUUGGUCGUGAGUGGGAUUUCUACCACCACCCUGCGGUUGAGGUGGCUGUGGCCACGGAACAGUGUGUGAUCGGUCGGGUUGUGCUGCCCUCCCUUGUGCGGUGGAACGUGGCCCUUGUUUAUGGGCAUAAGGACUACCAUGUGCGGCGGCAAAUUUGGGAGACUUUAGGCUCGGUGCUUAGCCCGGAUGUUCCCACUAUUGCUGGUGGUGACUUCAAUUGUUGUAUCUCCCAAGGAGAAAAGAAAGGCGGUAAAUGGUUUCGGCUCUCUGCCGGAGCCCAGGAAAUGAUGGCAGCUCUUAGUCAUCUGGAUCUUCAUGAUCUUGGAUUCUCUGGACCAAGCUACACUUGGUCGAACAAUAAGGAGGGCGCUAGCCGUAUCUGGGUUCGGCUUGACCGCAUCCUUAUUAAUUCGGAUGGACUGAAGUUGGCACCUUUUGCGUCGGUUAAACUCCUUAACCGACUUGCCUCCGAUCACUGCCCCUUGUUACUGCGGUUGGGACUGGAGCAGAGGCAUCCCAGCCCCAAGUGGAUCCGGUUCGAGGAUGUCUGGACUAGCUUCCAAGCCUCGUGGAGGGUGGUUAGUAAAGCUUGGGGACGGCCGGAUGUUGGGAACCCGGCGGAGGUUGUCAAUUUGAAGUGUAGACGUACGCUGCGGGCUCUCCACUUUUGGAGUAAACAUAAAAUCCGUGAUCUGGGGGUGAGGAAGAAGAAAUUGGAGGAGCGCAUUGAUCAGUUGCAGUAG